GGCGGCGGCGGCUGCUGGAGCAGCCCGGGAGGAUGGCGGCGGCGUCGUGGACGCGGUGGAGAUGAGCGCCCGUGGCCCCAGGCCCAGGGCGGCGCGGCCGGAGUGGGCGGGGGUACCGAUGCAGGCCCGAGGGGGGCCAUGGGGCAGGUCCUGCCGGUCUUCGCCCACUGCAAAGAAGCUCCGUCUACAGCCUCUUCUACCCCCGAUUCCACGGAAGGAGGGAAUGACGACUCAGAUUUUCGGGAACUGCACACAGCCCGGGAAUUCUCGGAGGACGAGGAGGAGGAGACCACAUCGCAGGACUGGGGCACCCCCAGGGAGCUGACCUUUUCCUAUAUUGCCUUCGACGGUGUGGUGGGCUCUGGGGGCCGUAGGGACUCAGUUGUUCGUCGUCCCCGGCCCCAGGGACGUUCGGUCUCAGAACCACGGGACCCACCCCCACAGCCCGGCCUAGGUGACAGCUUGGAAAGCAUCCCUAGCCUGAGCCAGUCCCCAGAGCCGGGGCGCCGCGGUGACCCUGACACAGUGCCUCCAGCCGAGCACCCGCUGGAGGAACUGAGGCUGCCCCUCGACCAGCUUGGCUGGGUUGUCCGGAGCGCGGGAUCUGGGGAGGAUUCGGCCACCAGCAGCUCCACCCCGCUGGAAAAUGAGGAGACCGAUGGACUGGAGGCCAGCGAGGCUGGAGAAGAGACGAAUCUGGAACUCCGACUUGCUCAGUCUUUACAUUUGCGACUCGAGGUCCUGACUCCUCAGCUUAGCCGUAGCUCCGGAAGCCCCCAGGCGCAUACCCCAUCCCCACAAAGAUCUCAAGAUUCCAACUCCGGUCCUGAGGAGCCUCGGCUGAAUGAGGUAGAAGAGCAUUGGCGGCUGCAGGAGCAGGAGCCAAUCACGGCCCAGUGCCUCGAUAGCACAGACCAAUCAGAAUUCACGUUGGAGCCGCUCCUUCUAGUGGCAGACCUGUUGUACUGGAAGGACACCAGGACGUCGGGAGCCGUCUUCACGGGCCUCAUGGCCUCUCUCCUGUGCCUCCUGCACUUUAGCAUCGUGUCCGUGGCUGCGCACCUGGCCCUGCUGGGUCUCUGCGCCACCAUCUCUCUCAGGGUUUACCGCAAAGUGCUGCAGGCCGUGCACCGGGGCGACGGCACCAACCCUUUCCAAGCCUACCUGGACAUGGACCUGACCCUGACUCGGGAGCAGACAGAACGUUUGUCCCAGCAGAUCGCCACCCACGUGGUCUCCACAGCCACACAGCUACGGCAUUUCUUCCUAGUAGAAGACCUGGUGGAUUCUCUCAAGCUGGCUCUUCUCUUCUACAUCCUGACCUUUGUGGGCGCCAUCUUCAAUGGCUUGACCCUCGUCAUCCUGGGAGUGGUUGCUUUGUUCACCGUGCCCCUUCUGUACAGACAGCAUCAGGCCCAGAUAGACCAGUAUGUGGCGUUGGUGACCAAUCAGUUGAGCCACAUCAAAGCUAAGAUCCGAGCUAAGAUCCCGGGAACCGGAACCCUUGCUCCAACAGCAUCAGUUUCCGGAUCCAAAGCCAAAGCCGAAUGAGAGGGGUGUCUUUGCCCGAGGGACGCCUGCCCACACCCCAGCAGCCCUCUUCCCGAAUUUCAUUUCCCGUGCAUCCACACCCUCUCCCACUCGGCCGAGCCAUUUCCUAGUGGGAAGUGCCUGAGCGACCCGGACUACAUUUCCUAAGAGGCUCUGCUCUAAGAGUCCAGGAAAAGGCCGUGCUCCCUGGCCGCGGAGCCUGCUGGGACUUGUAGUUUGAAUAGUCAGGACGCUGCCCUGCACUUCGGUGACCCACCGCUGGAGGCGCCGUGAGGGGUUGGUGCCUCUGCCGCUACCAACUCCUAUGCUGGGGCCUUUGCAUGGGGCCCAGGCAGGCCUUGAGCUUGGAUUUACACUGUAAUAAAGACUCCUGUUGAAAAUUUA